GUGAAAUUAGCAACAUUAAUGUUAACUGUCAAAAUGACAGCACGCGGACGGUUUGGUUUCACAGAGCUUGGUAAAAUAUAUUGAAUUUUGUGUUCAACUUAUUUUUCUGGAUAACUGCUUUAUUUCAAGGAAUUUUAAUACGGCAGUGUGUACCUUUGCAUGUGUUUCAAGAAUUUCAAUGUUUUCUUUGUGAAAUUAUUAAGGUUUAUAUAAGAGUCAAGACUAAACAUCAAUAUGGAUCAAAUGCUUCCAAGUCCGUACAAUAUUCCUGGUAUUGGGACGCCGCUGCACCAGCCGGAAGAGGAUCAACAGAUCCUACCCAAUGCUAUGCAGCAGCAGCAGCUGCAAAAUCAACAACAGCAGCAACAUUCGCUCGCUGCACUGGGCUCUUCGCCUUUAGUUGGGUUUGGUGCGUCUCUCAUGGGGACUCCUCAACGGUCUAUGCACACAUACGCUCCUACUGCCAGUUAUUCCACUCCGCAACAGAUGAUGCAGCCACAAACACCGCAAAAUUUGAUGUCCCCAAUGAUUACAAGUAGCAGUUUGGCAGGGCAGCAAAUGCUUAGCCAGGCCAGUCCAGCACAACCAAUGACUCCAAUGACACCCCACUCUGCAGACCCAGGAAUUCUGCCACAAUUACAGAAUAUUGUGUCAACAGUUAACCUUAAUUGCAAAUUGGAUCUUAAGAAAAUUGCUCUCCAUGCACGUAAUGCAGAAUACAAUCCGAAACGGUUUGCUGCUGUCAUUAUGAGAAUUAGGGAACCAAGGACUACGGCACUAAUAUUUUCAUCAGGGAAAAUGGUUUGCACUGGUGCCAAAAGUGAAGAGGACUCACGUUUAGCUGCUAGAAAAUAUGCUAGGAUUAUUCAGAAACUGGGUUUUACUGCAAAAUUUUUAGAUUUCAAAAUCCAAAACAUGGUGGGCAGUUGUGAUGUUAAAUUUCCUAUACGUCUUGAAGGUCUGGUACUCACUCAUGGCCAGUUUAGCUCGUAUGAACCGGAACUUUUUCCUGGUCUUAUUUAUCGUAUGGUUAAACCUAGAAUAGUACUUUUAAUUUUUGUAUCUGGCAAAGUUGUAUUAACUGGUGCAAAAGUACGAACUGAGAUUUAUGAAGCAUUUGAUAAUAUUUAUCCAAUUUUGAAGAGCUUCAAAAAACAGUAAUUAUUAUUAGUAGUAUGUUUAAUAUAUAUUAAUUCACUGUAAUAAGUUGCUUUCGUAAAUAAGUCCUACACAUAGAAUUUAAGUACACAAGUAAAUUUUC